AUGAGGUAUCUUGAUCUGGAUGAUAGAUCAAGGGAGGCAAGGUCACUAACGCGAACCAAGUGUCCAGCUCAGCUUAGGGUAAAGCUUGACUACGGCUGCGGUAGAUGGAAGGUAUCAUGUUUUGUGGAAUCUCACAACCACGAUCUGACGCCACCCCAAUUUGCACAUCUGAAGGGUGGAUAUUAUCAUGCUGGCUUCACACGCAAAGAUUUAUACAACCACAUUGAUCGUUAUCGUCAGUCAAAAGUUAAAAACGGGGAUGCCAAUGAGGCAAUAAACUAUUUGAUUGGCAAGUCAAACAACGAUCCGCUGUUCUUUGGAAAGUAUACGUUCACUAGUGACGAAAGGCUCGAGCCUAUUUUUUGGGCAGAUGGGCAGUCAAUUAUCGACUAUCACUGCUUUGGAGAUAUUGUUGCCUUUGAUUCAACCUACAAGAAGAAUAAAUACAAGAAGCCUUUGGUCAUUUUCUCCGGACGCAAUCAUCACAGGCAGACUGUUAUCUUCGACUCCGGCCUACUAUCCGACGAAACCACAGAGAUGUAUAAGUGGUUGUUGGAAUCCUUUGUUGAAGCGAUGGGUGGGAAAAGUCCUAAAGUAGUAAUAACUGACGGAGACCUUGCCAUGCGAGAUGCAAUCAAGAAUGUUCUUCCUGAUGCGACCCAUCGGUUUUGCGGAUGGCAUCUGCAGAGAAAUGCAUGUGAAAAUAUAAAGAAUCCUAAUUUCCUGCGCGAUUUUAAGGGUCUUAUAUACGACAACAAUGACCACAGAGACUUUGAUCGGAGAUUGGCAGCCAUUUUGGAUAAGCACAACCUUAUUAGGAGUACUUGGAUGGAAAAGACGUACGAAACUGGUGCGAUGUGGUCCCAUUGUUUCCUCCGGGAUAAGUUUUUCGGUUACAUAAGGACGACAUCACAGUGCAAAGGUAUAAAUUCUCUCAUCAGAUUUUAUGUUAAUCACAAGAACACCCUCAUUGACUUCAUGGAUAACCUGGAUAGGGCCUUAAAGGAGUAUAGAAACAAUGAAUUAAUAGUUGACUUUAAGUCUCAGUGCUCAGAGCCAGUGAUGAUAACCUCGUUAGAGGUAUAUGAAAGAUCUGCAUCAUGUUAUUUCACGCGAAACAUUUUCAAGGAAAUUUGUAAUGAGAUUCAGAGUGCAGGCGCUUUGAAUAUUAAGGUACUAAGCACAACCUUGGACAAGGUAGAGUUCAGUGUGACUGCUCUCGGAGACCCGGCCAAAGAUCGACAGGUAGAAGUCGAUAGAGGUAAGAAACUGCUCUUGUGCUCGUGCAAGCUGUUUGAAUCAUGUGGUAUUCCCUGUAGUCAUGUCUUUUGUGCCAUGAAGUUUGAAAACAUACUUGAGUUUCCAGAUUCAUUGAUCUACAAAAGGUGGACAAAGAAUGCAAAGAACGAAUUUAUUAGCACAGAAAUGCCUGUGAACGAUGACGUCGAAAGGGUCUUAAAUUUUCGAGUCGGUGCAUUGGCAUCGAAUUGCAACAAGCUGUGUGAUAUUGCUUGCAAGGAUCUUACAGACUUUGAUGAAAUACAGUCUGAACUUGUCAAUUUAGUUAUCUGCCUGCAGUCACGCAAACAAGGCAAGUCAACUCCUAAUGUUAACGUGGAAGGCAUCAACGAUCCCUUUGUUGUCAAAAGCAAAGGAGCCCCUUCCAAGAGGUCUUCUUGGAGGAAGAAGAGAGCAUGCUCUAAUUGCCACAAGCACGGUCAUUACUACAAGCGCUGUCCAGAUCUGAUGCAGCAUAGUGUGAAAGGUAACCCUCGCAAUCGAUCAGACGGCAAUGCAUCAGCCAAGGACUUAGAUUUUAGUCCAGAAAGGUUUGCUAAUUCUUCGAGUUCAUUCUCAAUUAAGUUCGAACACCACUCAGGACCUAAGACCAAGCCUUUUAAAAAGGGUGGAAUAAGGAAGUUUACAGUGACGGGUAUGAGGAACCCGAAGGGUAAAGACAACACUUUUGAUGAGGUGAAGGAGUCACAGCAGGACAAGGGACAUUCAUUCACAAACUAUAAAUGCGUUAAUGAUGUCAUGGAUGAGAAAUGUGACACACCACAUGUGCAGAUCGAUGUCCGAGAUCCGUUACCAUCGUCAAUGCCUUGUGGCAACAAACAAGGAUCGUACAUAGCAUUAUUCGCGUCGAUGCAUAGGACACUUUGA